GUUGCAGACAGACUUAGCGUUACUUCCUCAGCUCAACAGUAGAACUGCUCUUCACUUCUUAACUCAGCUAUGGCCAGCAAUUAUGUCCAAAAUGCCAUCCCAUCAAAACCAAUCACUUACAAUAAUGAGGAGCUCCGGAUUGUGAUGGUGGGGAAGACUGGAGCUGGGAAGAGCGCCACAGGAAACACCAUCCUGGGAAAACAGUACUUUAAAUCAGAGUUCUCCCCUAUAUCUUUGACUAAACACUGCGCCAAAGCCCUUGGUGAGGUGGAUGGACAAAUGAUUGCUGUUAUUGACACUCCAGGUCUGUUUGACACCAGGACUGAUGAAGAGAAAACAAAAAAGGAUAUCAUCCAGAGCAUUUCUUUUGCUUCUCCUGGACCCCAUGUCUUCCUGGUCGUCAUCAAACUGGACAGAUACACUGAGGAAGAAAAGAACACAGUGCAGAAGAUUCAGAAAAUCUUCGGCAAGGAAGCAGACAAAUACAGCAUGGUUCUCUUUACCCACGGUGACCUGCUCAAAGGGAAACCUAUUGAGGAGUUCUUGAAGGACAGCGAAGACCUGCAGGAACUCGUGGCCAGAUGUAACGGCCAGUACCACGUCUUCAAUAACGACCUGGAGGAUCAUUCUCAGGUCAGCGAGCUGCUCGACAAGAUCGGACAUAUAACAGAGAAGAACGGAGGAAGCCAUUACACCACUGAAAUGUUUCAGAUGGUAGAGAAGGCGAUAGAAGAAGAGAAACAACGAAUCCUUAAAGAGAAAGAAGAGCAAAUGCGCAAAGAGAGGGAGGAACUGAGGAAGAAACUAGAGGAAGAGUAUGAGCAAAAAAUGAGGGCUGAGACGGCUAACAGGAAGAAUGAAUUGUGGGCAUAUCGUGAAAGAGAACUGGAGAAGAAAAUAAAAAAACUGGAAGACACGCAGAAAAGGUGGGCUAGAUCACAAGCUGAGGAGAGUGAUCAAUUACUCGGAAUAUUAUUUCAGAUUUUUGUAACGUUCCUUUCUUGUUGUUUAAGUCUUCUGAGGUAGUGGACCUCUCCUUUAGGAACUUGCAAUGGGCCCCAUUUCAUAUGGGAGAGUGUAUCAUUGAAAUGCAGUGUUGUACAUGAGUACACUAAAAGAGCAUGUUCAUUCAAUGUGCUCAUAUUUCUGGUGACCUGAACUUAUCUGAUUCUAACUAACGAACGAGCUCUGUGUUUUACAGCACCCAAUGAUUUUUGGGGUUUCGAUAUUGCACUGUGUCAAAGACUGUUUCCAGUCUAUAGGGCCUAUGUGUUUACCCCUACCUAAAUCUGAACCAAACCACAUCCCUUAUCCUAACCACAGAGGGAGGUGCUACACAUUCUGCACGGAGGGAAACACCAAUUAAUGGGGAAACAGACUUUGACACAACACCUGCAUGGCUAGUGCAAUUGGCAAUUCAGACACCACAGUUACUGGUACUGUUGAAGCCAGUUCAUUGAAUACUUGAAGGCUUUCUAUCAAAAAUAAAAUCAGUCCAGAUUCUAACUGAAGGAAUCGCAGAUUUUUAUAGCUAAUGUGUUGAGUCUGAAAAACAAGUCUGAAUGUCGGUCACAUUGGCAAUGAAUUUGAAACGACACAUGUGAAGUGGUCCUUUUUGUGAGGGGACUAUGAACAUGGCUCAAAACUCAAAAUUGUAAACUAUGAAUGUGAACAAAUUUAUUUUAAUCUGUGUGAACUGAACUUUGAGCUAGCUCUUGUAAAGUGUGAACUUGCACAACUUCACGUGUCUUGGCUUCCUAUAAUUUUUAUUAUAUGUGAGUGACUUGGAUUUGCUUGUGCUGAAAACUGAUUCUUCUAUAGCAAUGAUUUAAUCAUGUUGGCUUUGGAUGAGAAUUAAAACACUUUCAAAGUUAUAAUCCUUACGUUUUAAUGCUACUGCAAACAGUCUUUAAGCACCUACUUUGUCAGAAAUACAAUUUUCUUUUAACUGACUUUGUAUGCAAUUUACUCCCUCUUCUUUCUUGUCACACAGUAACAGCUCAACGGCUGGUUCUUCAUACUCCAUUGUUAUGAAUGUUAUCUGCAAUCUUUAAAACGGAACUGCUGUCCAAAAAAAUGCCCAAAAUGCACACUGCCUUGUUUUCUAUACAAAUAUUUGAUGAAUGCUGUCAGUGCUAGACACAGUGACAAACACAUUGCUUUCCAGUGGCUGCUUCACAAUAAAAGUCACUUUGAAUGCUUUUAAUAUGAAGCAGCAGUAGUAGGAAAUGCUCAGUUUACAGAAGUAGUAACUUAAUGCAGUUUUUAAAUGGGAACUUGAUAAAAUUCUGCAUCUUUUCCAAUAAUUCUUCUGUGCCUGUGAAGGGAAUUUGAAUGACUACGUAUGGCUCCACCACUAAAAAUGAAAAGUCAUUAAAAAUGGAAUUGUGUGGUCAAAAGAAAAACAGAAAAUGUGUUUAAUUUAGCAUUGGUAAUUUAUAAUAACUUUAAUGCCAGCAUUAGUUCCUGUUUCUUUAGGGUCUGUGGUACCAGGGAUUCAAAUUGUACAUGAAAUAUGUCUUUGACUUUGUGGACAUUGUGUCAUCCUCAAAGACUUGUGUGUGGUUUUAUGUCCUCUGCUUUAUAAUGUCAAAUAAACAAAGCAAAAAAUGUACGGGUGUUAAUAAUUGUACAAGAUGAUAAAUGUUUAGUACUGUUACGAAUUUUUAAGGGUAUGCUGCUGGUGAUCUUGAAAUAAAGCUGAUAUUAAACGAGCAA